AUGGAUCCCAACUUCCAGCUCCUGCUCGAUGAGAUCAAGUCCGUGAAGACCGCGGUGAACGGUGUCGAGAGCUGUGUCAGCGCCGUGGAGACUUCCCUAGGCAGCCGGAUCUUCGCCAUGGACCGUUCCAUCUCCGAUCAGUUUGGGCGCGUGGAGGAUGCCGUCCAGGUGUUCGACGAUUGGCGGCCUUCCGUGGAUGCAUCUGUGGAGGAACUCCGAUCCGAGGUCAGUACCCCGCGCAAGUAG